AUGACCGGCACCUCGCACUCCUUGUUUGGAAACGAAGAAUAUACGGUAGGAUGGAUUUGCGCCCUACCCCUCGAAUUAACCGCCGCAAGGGGAAUGCUCGACGAGGAGCAUGGUUUGCCUCGAGAAGUACCGGAUUUGGCCGACAAGAACACAUAUGUAUUGGGAUCAAUCGCCUACCAGUCAUUAGGGAUGGAUCUAUCUCUAUGGGUGUAA